AUGGAGCACUGUUCACUUUCAACGGUCGCACGGUCGAGGGUCAAGUAUAUCCCUUCCGACUGUUGCUCUCCCUUCCGCCGUCGCUCUCCCUUCCGCCCGUCGCACUUCACUCCCCCUCGUCGCCCUGCCUUCCAUCCGUCGCCCACCCUUGUUCCCGUCGCCCUCCCUUCCCGUCGCCCUCCCUUCCCGUCGCCCUCCCUUCCCGUCGCCCUCCCUUCCCGUCGCCUUCCCUUCCCGUCGCCCACGCUUCUUCCCAUCGCCCUCCUGCUUCUCGUCGCCAUCCCUUCCGCUCGUCCCCUCGCUUUCCCUGUCUCCCUCUCUCCCCGUCGCCCUCGUUUGUCCCUCCCCGUCGCCCUCUCUUUCCCCGUCGCCCUCGCUUUCCCCGUUGCCCUCGCUUUCCCCGUCGCCCUCGCUUUCCCCGUCGCCCUCGCUUUCCCCGUCGCCCUCGCUUUCCCUGUCGCCCUCGCUUUCCCCGUCGCCCUCGCUUUCCCCGUCGCCCUCGCUUUCCCCGUCGCCCUCGCUUUCCCCGUCGCCCUCGCUUUCCCCGUCGCCCUCGCUUUCCCCGCCGCCCUCGCUUUCCCCGUCGCCCUCGCUUUCCCCGUCGCCCUCGCUUUCCCCGUCGCCCUCGAUUUCCCCGUCGCCCUCGCUUUCCCCGUCGCCCUCGCUUUCCCCGUCGCCCUCGCUUUCCCCGUCGCCCUCGCUUUCCCCGUCGCCCUCGCUUUCCCCGUCGCCCUCGCUUUCCCGGUUGCCCUCGCUUUCCCCAUCGCCCUCGCUUUCCCCGUCGCCCUCGCUUUCCCCGUCGCCCUCGCUUUCCCCGUUGCCCUCGCUUUCCCCGUCGCCCUCCUUUCCCCGUCGCCCUCGCUUUCCCCGUCGCCCUCGCUUUCCCCGUCGCCCUCGCUUUCCCCGUCGCCCUCGCUUUCCCCGUCGCCCUCGCUUUCCCCGUCGCCCUCGCUUUCCCCGUCGCCCUCGCUUUCCCCGUCGCCCUCGCUUUCCCCGUCGCCCUCGCUUUUCCCGUCGCCCUCGCUUUUCCCGUCGCCCUCGCUUUCCCCGUCGCCCUCGCUUUCCUCGUUGCCCUCGAUUUCCCCGUUGCCCUCUCUUUCCCCGUCGCCCUCGCUUUCCCCGUCGCCCUCGCUUUCCCUGUCGCCCUCGCUUUCCCCGUCGCCCUCGCUUUCCCCGUCACCCUCGCUUUCCCUCCCGUCUCCCUUCCCAUCUCGCACACUUGCCACCCUCUCUUUUCUCUCCCUACUCCCUGUUUUCCCUCCCUCAAAUAAUCGCCUUCCUUCCCCCAACUUAUACCCCUUCCUUGCUUCCCCCCAUCUGCUUCCUUGCUUCCCCCCAUCCCCUGCCCUGCUUCCCCCCAUCCUCUUCAUUCUUUCCCCGUAUCCCCAGCCCUGCUUUCCCCAUCCCCUUUUCUGCUUCCCCACCUCCCCUGCCCUGCCCACACCCAUCCCCUUCCCUACUCCCCCCCAUCCUCUUGCCCUGCUCCCCCCCAUCCCUUCCCUGCUCCCCCCCAUCCCUUCCCUGCUCCCCCCCAUCCCCUUCCCUUCUUCCCCCCAUCUGCUUCUCUGCUCCCCCCCAUUCCCUUCCUUGCUUCCCUCAUCCCCUGCCCUGCUUCCCCAUGUCCCCUGCCCGGCUUCCCCCCAUCCCCUUCCCUGCUUCCCCCCAUCCCUUCCCUGCUUCCCCCCAUCCCCUUCCCUGCUUCCCCCCAUCUCCUUCCCUGCUCCCCCCCAUCUCCUUCCUAGCUCCCCCCCAUCCCCUUCCCUGCUUCCCCCCAUCCCCUUCCCUGUUCCUCCCCAUCCCCUUCCCUGCUUCCCCCUAUCCCCUUCCCUGCUUCCCCCCAUCCCCUUCCCUGCUCCUCCCCAUCCCCUUCCCUGCUUCCCCCCAUCUCCUUCCCUGCUCCCCCCCAUCUCCUUCCCUGCUUCCCCCCAUCCCCUUCCCUGCUUCCCCCCAUCCCCUUCCUUGUUCCUCCCCAUCCCCUUCCGUGCUUCCCCCCAUCCCCUUCCCUGCUUCCCCCCAUAA